AUGAGAGAAGUCAACUUUAGUAUCCCCAGCGUCAACAAGGCGGCUGUCAACAUCACCACUACUCUCUACGACAGACGGGCGCUCGACUGCACCUCGACCUUGCCACUCAUCAACUCCCUUAACCAUCUCGCCUAUCUCACCACAUCAUCAGACCGCAUCCGUGACAUCCUCACCGUCGAUGGCGGUAUCGAACAGCUGGUAUGUAUCCUCAAGGCAGGUCGCAGCAAGGACCUCAUGGAGAUGUGGAAGUGGAACCUCGCCUUCCAGUGCGUCGUGAACAUUGGUGUUCGUGGUUCAGAGAACGUUCGCACUCGCGUGGUAGAGGCCGACAUGGUGCCCGUUAUUGCUACCAUACUCGAUAACUACAUCCGUGUCGUCGACCGGAUACGCGCCUCUUCUUCGGCAGCCGCAUCUACAGACCCAGAAGCCUCUCGCUCAAAACAGAGCAAGACUGCCAUUAACAAUACCUCCACGGCCACUUCAACUUCUACUACCUCUACCAGAAGAGAUCAGCCCCCCAGAACGUCUAGAGCUUCGUUUUAUGACCAUAGAUCAGACCAGCGGAACGCUCGGCGUCAGGCUCCUCCUCCUUCCAUCGAGAUUCCCCUUCCAUAUGCUCAGGAUGGUCCGGAGAACAGCACUGCUACCACCACGGCUACCACCGCGGCCACUGCAGCCACAACUGCGACUACAGCCGCCACAGAUGGCCGUCACAACAAUCUACAUACCCCCAUAGACGUCCAGCCGUCUCCUCACAUCGUCUUGACCUCGCCGCCUGAACGGACAACUUUCAACCAUCAUCACCAUCAUCAUCACCAGCGAGAAGGUCAUCGCCACCGUAUCGUGCAGCCGCUCGCCUCUGCCACUGCCGCUACCACCACUACCACUGCACCUACUACUGACCCAUUUAACCCUCUACGCCAGGCUAGGGAUGUUGAUCGCCUCCCUUCGGCCCUGCCAGGUCUCCAGGCCGGCAUCACCUCCCAACCAGAAUCUCCCACCACACCUCUUGGUGCAGGUGCCCCCCAGGCUAAUAUACCACCUCUCAUGCCUCGCAUCUUUCAUCGCCGUCCUUCUGUCCGUCAGCAACGCUCCACCUCUGGUGAAUCAGACGAUGCUGAUGCACAGGCCAGACGACAACGACAUCAUCAUGGGCGAAGGAGAUCUCGAAACCGCCAACGUAGACACCACAGAACAACAGCCCAUCGUUGACAUCGACAGCAGCGCCAUAGAUCUCGAGGACAUCAACAUGCAAGACCGUGAUGCCAUGCUCGACGAUGCCAGCACCGUUAAUGCUCCCACCAGGGCUGCCCAGACAGGUGGGCUCUCCGGUAAACGGUCACCCCAAACUUCACGCCCACGCUCGCAACCUAACGGCACCAGGCUCCUGGUGUCUUCAACAACCC